AGGAAAAAAAGUUCGUCGUGGUGUAGGGACAAACUUUCAUACCAUUGCACAAGUUUUCGUUUCCAUUGAUGUUCUGCUAAUAUGUUAGGUGAGGAACCAGGCGGAAGGCCCCGCAAAGGCAGAGGCAAAGAUAAAAGAAAAGGCAGCAGCAGUCAAGCGGGGAGUGACGGAGGUGAAGAUGGAGGAACUUACGAGUGCAAGGAACCCGGAUGCGACAAGUCUUACGACUCCGAGAUAAAGCUACAGAGGCACAUGAAAUAUCACAACUUGAAAAAGCAAGGACAUACAUGCUCUCAAUGCGGUCAAGGUUUCAGCUCGAAACAAAGAUUGCAGUAUCAUCAAGAAUCGACAGGGCACGUCCAGGUCCAGGCACCAAAACCGCCAAAACCGUAUCCUUGCACUCACGAGGGAUGCACCAAAAGCUAUGGAAGCGCCUCCAGGCUUAGAGCACACAUGAAAACUCACGAGGGAUAAGCGACUUGUCUUUAUGCUGCCGUGCUAAGGAAAAACGCCAUAUGAACCUCCAGGCGUUGCCAAAUUCCCCGCGAUAAAACGCGAA